GACAGCUGUUCUUUAUUGUGAUAGCAAUCCAAAUAGGGAGAAAAAACAUUUAAUUCGCUGCUGGAAACUAAAAUUAAACCCUUUGACAAGUAGUUUUAAUUAUUAUUUUCAAAUUUCAUUUAUAGUUUAAUGCUUAUAGUUUCCUGAUUUCGUACUACCCCGUUAGAAUGUCCCUGCAAACGGGCUUGGCUUUCAUUUUCACCAUAUUAGCCUCUGUUAGUAUCGUCGCAGCAAUUAUUUUGUUGGGUAAGCAGGCGCCCGCAGACGAUCACGUUAUAAUGGAAACAAUUUUCUACGAUCCGAGCAACAAGUCAUAUUGAAAUUUGUCUAUUUUGCAGGCUGGUUCCUCAUCUGGAAGGCGUUUCUAUCGAAAUUUCGUCUGGUUCGAGAGCUGUUGGGUCAGGAGGAGCCGGAGGAUCAGCAACCACUUGCUUGGGAUCAUCAGAAUCAACAGCCACACCACCACGGCAGAGCCAGGAAAGCUCGCCGAGACUAGGAAGCACAUCUACACAGCCUCACCAUGAACAUCCGCUGCGCAAAACCGGAAGACCUAAUGACCAUGCAGCACUGCAAUCUGCUGUGUCUACCCGAAAACUACCAGAUGAAGUACUACUUUUACCACGGACUAACCUGGCCUCAGCUUAGCUACGUGGCCGUUGACGACAAGGGCGCCAUUGUGGGCUAUGUCCUGGCCAAGAUGGAGGAGCCGGAGCCCAAUGAGGAGAGCCGCCAUGGGCACAUCACCUCGCUAGCGGUCAAGCGUUCCUAUCGGCGAUUGGGCCUGGCCCAGAAGCUCAUGAAUCAGGCCUCCCAGGCCAUGGUCGAGUGCUUCAAUGCCCAGUACGUGUCCCUGCACGUGAGGAAGAGCAAUCGGGCUGCCCUGAACCUCUACACCAACGCCCUCAAGUUCAAGAUCAUCGAGGUGGAGCCCAAGUACUAUGCCGAUGGCGAGGAUGCAUAUGCCAUGCGACGCGACCUCAGCGAGUUUGCCGAUGAGGAUCAGGCCAAGGCUGCGAAGCAGUCAGGCGAGGAGGAGGAGAAGGCGGUCCACAGAUCCGGCGGACAUGGCCACUCGCACAACCACAGCGGUCACGAUGGCCAUUGUUGCUGAACACUUUCGCUGCCGGCGCUUGCUGGCUUCGACGUUUUUUGCAUUUUUGUGCAUUAGGGUUUUGUAAUUAUUUAACAAUAAAAAACGUAACUAAAAUUAAAACAAAAGUAAUGACAAAAAGAUAAUGUUUUUAACAAUAAAGGGUUUGAAGGCCAUU